GCCAUGCGUAAGUAUCAACGAUGACAACAGCACGUGAAAUACCGCGAGCUGUUCGCCGACUUCUUGACCAUAAUAUUGAGCUUAUCGAGUGGGGCGAUCAGGUGCUUGAAUCUUUUGGGUAUCCGUCUGUAACAAGCGUCUUUGCUUUCGCUGUCAACGACUCGACCAUUGGCCUCGCCUGCCACAUUCUUCUGGAAGCAGGGUUUUGCUGCGUGGAACCGAGCCUCUCUCUCCGAUGUCUCGGUGUUUUUGGCACUGCAGGGCAUCUUUUUGUGAGUUCAGACGACAAAACCAGGUCGCCAACACUAUUACAAAUUCUUCCACAAUCGCUUGUACACCUUCAAACUAAGGAUACGGAAUUGUCCGAAUUCUGGGUGAAUCUCGACCUGAAAGUUCAUCGACCAAAACUAGCUGAACUCUGUAUCGCCCUUGUGCGAUGCUUGAAGGAUUAUCAGAUAGGAUCAUUAGAUAGGUUGGAGCCAGAACGCCAUCUCGCGACUCUAAUUGCUGCUGGAAUUUACAAAGAGAGGUCAUUUGGUAAAAUAUGGGUUCCUGAGGAAGAGUUGGAAUCAGAGUCAGACUUCCAAGCUCGAAAAUCCAUCGCUAUCGAGGAAAUUGCUGGUUGGACCUUGAGAAAAGAUAUUGAGCAGUAUCGGAAGGAUCUGAUCGAUAUUGUGGUCAACCCUAAUCACCCUUUGUCAGAUAUUGUCCUCCGGUAAAGUCAUACAAUAGACUACCCCAAAAGGGGCAUCCAUAUUGAUUUGGCAGUGGCCAUGGAUGAACCCUUUUCACAGCCGAGCGUGAGGCUGCGAAAAUGGUGAGAAGAUCUAUCUUGAUGGGGAUAGAAACUCAGGCUGCACGAGGAUGUUCAAGACUUCGGCUGGAUCACUUGGAUGAACAUGCUGGGAAACAACGAAGAGCAUGCUGGCGUGACGAGUAUCUGAAGCCACAUCGGAUUUCUCAAGAGAUCUUAGAGUACGUCACUUUUUCACUCUUAAAAUUGCCCCAAAAAGUCAAGGCUGUAAACAGAUCAUUGAAUGCAACGAAGCAACGCUGUCAGCAGCGAGCGAGAG